AUGAGUCAACAACUAACAAGCAACAACUCAUCAUCAACAGAAUCAAAUAUUUUGGAUGGAAGAAGAGAAAGAUUGAUUGUUUCUAACCGAUUGAUUGAAACCGACAUGCCAAUGAUCAACAAAAUUGGACAAAUUAUUUAUGAAGAAAAUUCAGUGGUUGUGAAUAAUACUGCCUCUUCCGAUCAGCAGCAAAUGGUUACAAGUUUGUGCCAAGGAAUGGUCUAUUAUAAGCCUCCUCAACAAGUGAUGGAAUCUCUGAUUAGUAAUCAAUUGGAGAAGAGUUAUAAUCCGAGUGAUCCCUUCUCUUUCAUUCAUAAUUAUUGUGAGCAUGAUUUUGGAAGGAAACUAGUCAGAGAUAAAUUGAAAGAAAAGUUGAAAAAGAUGAAUGGAAUUGAUGGAGUGGAAGUGGUUUUAACGAGUGGAUGUAAUCAGGCCUUCACAAGUGUUGUCCUAUCGUUGUGUGAUGUUGGAGAUGAGUGUAUGGUAUUUGGACCAUACUAUUUCAAUCAUUAUAUGGCCUUGCAAAUGUUUGGAGUAAGACCAAUUGUUUUUGAUUGUAGAGAGGAGGAUGGUUAUCAACCUGGAAGUGGAGAUGAUAUGGAACGUUUCACAGAGUUCUUUAAAAAAACAGUUCAGAAUCCAUCCAACAAAUUGAGAAUGGUUGUUGUCAAUACUCCAUGCAAUCCAACUGGCGCUGUCUAUACUAAAAACCAAUUGGAAGUGAUUAGUCAAUUAUGUAAAGAAUAUGGCAUUUGGUUGAUAAUGGAUGAAACUUAUGAAUGGUUUAUUUAUAAUGAUAUGCAAUCAUCGAAUGCAAUUCAUUUUAGUCCACAAGGAGAUCAUAUCAUUCACUUGUACAGUUUUUCAAAAUGUUUUGCCAUGCCAGGUUGGAGAAUUGGCUAUUUGACAUAUCCAGCCACCAAUACCACUCUUGGACUCCAUCUCAAUAAGAUCCAAGACACAAUUGUAAUUUCCUCCCCACUCCCAUCCCAACAACUUGCUCUCAGUGUUACUGAGAUGGAUGAAGAGUUUGGAAAGAUUUGGGCCAUGGAUAGAAUUAACACUCUCAAGGAAAAUAGAAGAGUCAUUUGGAAUGCUAUUCAUGAUUUGUGCAAUCUGGAGAAAAUUCCAGAAGGUGCUAUUUACUUUUGGGCAACUCUACCAAAUUUUGCAAAUCAUUCGGAUAAUCAGUUGAGUAUUGAAAAGGAAUUCCAAGUGAUUGAGUGGAUGGUAAGAAAGCACAAGGUUGCCGUAUUGCCAGGAUCAUGUUUUGGAAGAGUUGGAGGAUUCAGAAUUAGUUAUGCCAAUGUUUCUGAGAAUGCCUGUAAAUUAGCCGCCAAUAGAUUAAGAACAGCCCUUCAAGAACUGAAAGAUGGUCAAUUUGAGAAGGAUGAUCUUUCAUUAUAUGUGAAAACAUUCAAGACUCUAUAAUUUAGCUACAUUAAAUUUUCAUCAAUCAC